AUGCAUAAAAACAGAAAAACAAAAAGCAGCUCCAAUAUUCUUUGGAACCCAACUAGCCAGGAGAUAAAGAUCAUUCCUCGUUUCCCUUACUAUGAACUUUGCUUUAAAGAUCUGGUAGUUGGAUUGGGGUUCGAUCCCGCCAAGCCUCAGGCUUAUAAGAUGGUCAAGAUUCGCAUAGACGAAUGUGAUUUCAAAGCUCCUCCGGAGUUCAGAGCAGAGUUGUACUCACUCGAAACUGAUUGUUGGAGGAAAAUCGAGUAUCCUUACCAGCAGGGCAUACCCACUGAACGAGCAUCCGUUCGUGUAGGCAGCACUAAUUACUGGGGACUAAUUUCCAGGCCUUGUUCGAUAAUCUCGUUCCACUUUGCAAGCGAAAAGUUUUCGCCUAGCCUAAUUCCUUUGCCGGGGAAGAUUAAAUUUAAAAAAUCCGAUUAUCUUCUAGUUGAGUUUGAUGGCUCGCUUGCUAUUCUUCUGCCGACGAAUGUUGUCUCAGAUAUUGACCAAGUGCCUUGUUCCAGUUUCAAAAUUUGUGUGUGGAAUGAUGAGUCGUGGUCUCGAAAGUCCAAAUUCGAGAUCCCUAUUGCUGUUGAUCAUGUCAUAGGCCUCUUUGAAAAUGAUAAAUUGUUUGUGCAGGACAUGAAAGGCAAUGUGCUGCUUUACGAGUGUGCCAUGUGCAGAUUGGCGGGUUUGGGCAUCUGUGCUGAUUCUAAGGCUGUUUGGAUUUUGCCUUAUGUCGAGAGCUCUGUUCCGCUCACAAAUUUUGAUCCGCACACGAAUUUUGUGGCCAAAGCCGAAUCCAUACUCAAUUCCCUCUCCUCAACCUCGGCCGAGUCUCACGUUGACAGCCCAGCAAAUGAGCCUCAGAUGAUCGAACUCAAAAACAACACCAACACCAACAACGACAAGAAGAUGCAGUUUCUGUUCAUGUACGUUUUCAAGGAAAUCAGUUAUUUUUCGGUAGUUUUUGCUGAAACCUCGUGGAAAGUAGAUGAACUCCGCUCGAAUAACUUCAUUAUGUUCACGCCCAAAAUCACUAAACCCGUUAAGGCGUUGUUGGGUGGUACUUAUAAUAUUGCCGCCAGUAUUGAUGAGCUGAUGUUGGUGUGCAGCUGGGACUAUUACGCACGAGGCGCAAGGAAAAAUUAUAUUCUUUGGAACCCCACUAGCCAAGAAGCGAUAAAGACCAUUCCUUUUUCUCCCUAUCAUAAAUGUAGUGACAUUAUAGGAGGUUUAUCUGGCUUGGGGUUUGAUCCCGCCAAGCCUCGUGGCUAUAAGAUUCUCGAUAUUCUCAUAGACUACUGUGAUUUCGAAGAUUUUCCGAAGUUGAGUGCUAAACUGUACUCACUCGAAACUGGUUCUUGGAGUAAAAUCAAGUAUCCUUACCAGCAUGAGAGCAUGCCAGAUGAACGAGCAUCUGUUCGUAUAGGCAGUUCUUAUUACUUUGGAUUAAGUUCCAGGCCUAAUUCAAUCAUCUCAUUCGACUUUGCCACUGAAAAGUUUUCGCGUCGAGUACUUCCUUUGCCGGACAAGAUUAGAUUUAGAGCAACCGAUUAUCUUCUUGUUGAGAUUGAUGGCUCGCUUGCUAUUCUUCUUCAAACGGAUGAAUUGGAUAAUCCCCAAGUGCCUUAUUCGGCUUUCCUUAAGAAUGCCGCUCAAGUGCCUUAUUCGACUUUUGAAAUUUGGGUGUGGAAUGAUGAGUCGUGGUCUCUAAAGUCCAAACUCAAGAUCCCUUUUGUUGUUUAUCGUGUCGUGGGCCUAUUGGAGAAUGAUAAGCUGUUUGUGCAGGACAUGAAACGUAAAGUGUUGCUUUACGAUUGUGGCACGUGCAGAUUGGUGGACUUGGGCAUUUGUGCUGAUUAUGGGGUAGUUUGUAAGCCUUAUGUCCAGAGCUCUGUUCCGCUCCAUGCAUCAGAAUAA